CCGCGCGUUGAUGGAUGUUUGGCAGCUCACUGGGUCAUCAGCGAUCGAGGAGGAGACAAGAACGAACAAAGGUGGUGGUGGUCAAGCAUGGAGAGAUCAGCAGUGACGUCCCUGGCUCUGCUGCUGCUGCUCGCUGCCAUGGCGGACCGGCACGGGCCGGCGCCGGCGAGCGCCCAGGUGUUCUGCCGGUCGCAGUUCAACCUCGCCUACGAGGCGUGCAGCAUACGCGCCUUGCCCGGGGUGAGGCCGCCCGUGCCGCGGCGCCAGCUCGAGCUCAACGAGACGUCGGUGGCCGGCGGCCGCAGGCACGGGCUCCAUUCCAGGGGCGACGGCGACGACGACGACGAAGACGGCGACUACUACUACGGCGCCGACAGCGGCGAGGAGGGGUCAGGCGGAGGGGAGGAGGAGGGGCGGGGCCGCCGCCGCCGCCGCCGCCACCGGCACCGCCGCAAUGUCGACGUCAGGGAAGACCCCUACGACACGGCGUGCUGCCGGCGGCUGAUGGCCCUGGACAACUCGUGCGCCUGCCAGGCGGCGGCGCGCCUCCCGGCGUUCAUGACCGCCGUCCGGCACGUCGUCCGGCUCACGCCGGUGGAGGGCUGCCACGUCACCUUCGAGUGCCCCGGCUCCUUCUAGCGCUAUCGUCUCGUCUCAUGGUCGUCGUCGACAAAACCUAGCCACAUAGUAUAAAUACAAAUAAAU